AUGAAGGGAAAACGGAAGAAGCUUCCAACUCGUUGGAGUAGAAGAACAAAGAGUGGAAGUAGUCAGGUUCAGUCGACUGAUGAUUACGAUCCGAAUGAGUGUGAGGAUGUUACUGGGACACUAGUUCUUCGUGAUGAUCCGAAUGAGUGUGAGGAUGUUCCUGGGGCACUAGUUCUUCGCGAUGAUGACGGAGAUGGAGAUAACCGUCAUGCAGUAAGUGAGGAUGACUGCGCUGUUCAUGGUGAUGAAGAUGUUGAUGAGAUUCAUGACGAUGCUGACGAGGGUGGUUAUGAGGCCGGUAAUGAAGCUGCUGAUGAAGGUGGUUAUGAUAAAGAUGAUGAACCUGAAGAUAACGACGGUUUAGGUGUGCAAGAAGAAGUUUGCCAGGAUUUAGCACUGCACUUUGGAGAGGCUGCAAGAGAGGAGGACAUUCAGAGUGAUGGAGAGAGCGGGGAUGAUAUCUGGAACGAUGACACGAUUCCAGAUCCUCUGUCAGCGGAUGAUGAAGAAAAAGCAGAGAAUGAAGAGGAGGAAGAAGUGCCAGAUGAUCAAGAGAGGAUAUAUCCAGAAGAGCUGCUAGUGCUCGGUAAAACCUUUGGUUAUGCAGAAGAAUUCAAGCUUGCAGUGCUUCAAUAUUCUCUGAAGACGAGAUACGACAUGAAGCUAUACAAGUCAUUAGCUUUGAAGAUCGGUGCCAAAUGUUCUGACACUGAGUAUGAUUGCCAGUGGAGAGUCUACUGCUCAUUUGAAAAGAGGAAACGAAAGAUGCAGAUAAAGGUAUUUGUUAAUAAACAUGUCUGUGUUAGAUCAGGUUACUCUAAAAUGCUAAAGAGAUCAACAAUAGCUUGGUUGUUUGCGGAGAGACUGAGAGUGAAUCCAAAAAUCACAAAAAAAGAAAUGGCUGCUGAAAUUAAGAGAGAGUAUAAGAUGAUUGUCACAGAUGAACAAUGUGGGAAGGCGAAGACAAAGUUGUUAAAGGAAAGAAAAGCAAGCCAUGAAGCUCACUUUGCACGAAUCUGGGACUAUCAGGCUGAGAUUCUGCAGUCCAAUAAGGGAUCUGUAAUGGAAAUAGAGACUACACCAGGGCCUACUAUUGGAAGCAAACAACGGUUUUAUCGUCUCUAUAUCUGCUUUAAAGAUCAACGAGAUGCUUGGAAAAAUAGUUGUAGACCGAUUAUAGGAUUAGAUGGUGCUUUCCUUAAGUGGGAUAUUAAGGGCCACCUUUUAGCUGCAGUUGGUCGGGAUGCUGAUAAUCGAAUAGUUCCAAUAGCAUGGGCGGUUGUUGAGAUAGAGAAUGAUACCAAUUGGGACUGGUUUGUUAGUCACCUAAGUGCGUCAUUGGAUCUUGGUGAUGGUGGCAAAGUUACAAUCCUUUCAGACAAACAAAAGGGUUUAGUGAAAGCCGUUAAGACCGUCCUUCCACAAGCCGAACACCGUAUGUGUGCUCGACAUGUUAUAGAUAAUUGGAAGAAGGAUGGCAAUGAUCUAGAGCUGAAGCGGCUAUUUUGGAAAAUAGCACGUAGUUACACAAUGGGAGACUAUGAAGAAAACAUGCAAGCACUGAAUAGAUACAGUCCAGGUGCAUGGGUCUCUCUGCAGAAGACUAAUCCUCCAGGCUGGUCCAGAGCUUUUUUUAGGGUUGGAUCGUGUUGUAACAAUAACCUGAACAAUCUCAGUGAGUCUUUCAACAGAACAAUUCGUCUUGCAAGGAAAAAACCACUACUGGACUUGUUAGAAGAUAUUAGGAGACAGUGUAUGGUGAAAAAUGCGAAGAGGAAUAUUAUUACCAAUAAAGCAAAGACCAGAUUCACACCUAAAGCUCAUGAGGAGAUAGAAAAAAUGUCAAAGGGAGGCAUGGACUGCAUCAGAUAUAUGUCGACAGAUACACUACAUGAGGUAUCACAUGAUAAUGUUAGUUAUCGUGUAGAUUUUAGCGAUCAUACAUGUGGCUGUAGAAAAUGGCAGAUGACUGGAAUACCAUGUAUUCAUGCAACUUGUGUUAUCACAGAAAAAAAACAAAAGGUUGAUGAUUAUGUGUCUAAGUUUUACACAACAAAAAUGUGGAGAGAAACAUAUCAGACUGGUCUUGAGCCUGUACAAGGAAUGAAGUUGUGGCCAAGGACUGGUAGACUUCCUGUUUUGCCACCACCAUGGAGAAAUCGUCCUCGUGGUAGACCUCCUAAUUAUGCGAGGCAAAAGGGAGUGAAUGAAACCGCCUCCUCUUCCUCCAAUAAGACGAAGUUAUCACGUAUGAAGAGAAUCAUAAUGUGUUCUAACUGCAAUGAAGAAGGCCACAAUAAGGUCUCUUGUUCAAAUCCGAGAGUGGAGAGUCAACCAAAAAGACCAAGAGGUCGUCCAAGAUUGAAUCAGGAAGGAGCAUCACAAGGGCAAGGGCUAGGUUCACAAGAGCAAGGGCAAGGUUCACAAGGAUAG